AUUGGAUUAGAUAAGGCAGGCAUGAUAAACACAUGCUCUAGUUUCUCAUUUGACUUUUGAUCAAUCCUGUGGUGUUCUUCCGGUCACAGAAAGCCUUGUUUGAAUCUUCUUCGAUUUCUCUCUCUCUAUAUGUUGACCUUUUUUUUCCGUCUUUGUUUUUGUUUAUAUGCAUGCAAUAAAUCGUGUAAUUUUAACCACUCUUGAAACGAUGGUUUCUUGGAGGAUUCUACGUGAGGCUCAGUCUUCCUGUCUGUUCCCUACCAAGUCAACUGGACAACGAGAGAUCGACCUCCACAAGCAACACUCCGACAUAGCUUCCGGGCGAUAAGGCCGCCUACGUUUUUAGCUCACGAGCAGCAGAUCUGUUUGACAACCGAUCGAGAAAGAAGAAGAAGAGCACAUGAACCCAAGUGGAGGUCUUUAAAUAUGUAGGCGCAUCCCGAUAACAUCCACGACUUAGUGUGCCACCACCACAUCGAGAUGUCGAACUCGGAAGCGUCUCUCGAGUCCACUCCUAGCUGGGCUGUCGCUGGUGUUUCCGCCGUUUUGAUCUGUGUAGCUCUUCUCAUAGAGCACGCCCUUCACCGGUUAACUCUGCUGCUGGAGAGGAGAAAGAGGAAGACCCUUAACCGGGCUCUCGGCCAUGUCAAAGCAGAACUCAGGAAUCUGGGGUUCAUGUCCUUGCUGCUGACUGUCGCUAAGCAGCCCAUCUCAAAGAUCUGCAUCCCCGCAGGCUUGGGAGACUCCUUUCUUCCAUGCAAGGAUGCUGCACCGCCAGGCAGAUUCACCGAGGAGCAAUCCUGCCAAAAUAAGGGCAAGAUAUCUCUGCUCUCCUCACAAGGAACUCAGCAACUACAGAUCUUGAUCAUCGUGCUGGCUAUGUUCCAUAUCCUUUCUUCCCUUGUAACCUUGGCUCUUGGCGAGGCCAAGAUGAAGAGGUGGAAGACAUGGGAAGAAGAAACCACUACUCUGGAACAUCAGUUAUCGAAUGAUCCUCGUAGGUUAAAGCUUGCACGGCAGACAUCUUUCGGAGAACGGCAUCUGAAGUCUUGGAGUAAUCACCAUUUAUUUUUGUGGAUGGUCUGCUUUCUUCGACAGUUCACUGAUUCAGUCUCGAAAGCCGAUUAUUUUUCGCUUCGUCGCGGUUUCAUUGCGGUUCAUUUUUCUCAGGAUUGCAAGUUCGAGUUCCGAAAGUUCCUCCGGAGAUCAGUGGACAGAGACUUUGCAGUGGUUGUUAGUAUCAGGUCUUCGUCUGAAACCAUACUCUCUAUGCUUGCUGAAUCCGAUCUUUUACACCACUUUCAAUUGGCUGCAGCUUCUGGAUAUGGAUGUUUGCCGUGUUCUUCAUAUUCUUCAAUGCCUAUGAUUCUUUUGGUUAUAGGAACGAAGCUAGAAGUCAUCAUAACAACAAUGUGCUUAAAGAGCAGUAAUCAGGCAAUCGUUGUUCCAGGGACAAUAUGUGUUGAACCUGACAACAGCUUCUUCUGGUUUGGUCGACCUCGAUUGCUGCUGCACCUCAUGCAGUUCAUCUUAGUCCAGAACUCCUUUCAGCUGGCAUUCUUCGCGUGGACAUGGUACAACUUUGGGCUCCGGUCAUGCUUCCAUAGAGAGGUGGCGGAUGUCGUCUUGAGCUUUGGGGUAGGCAUUCUGGUGCAGCUCCUGUGCGCUUAUGUUACGCUUCCACUGUAUGCGUUGGUCACUCAGAUGGGUUCCUCGAUGAAGGAAACCAUCUUCACUGAUGAGGUUAUCGAGAGCCUGAGAGACUGGAAGAGGAGAGCAAGGAAGAACGUUGCAGAACGGAAGUCGCUUGCCUCCGAUAAAGACGAAGCUUCAUCAUCCUGCAGUCACACGCCAAGAAAGCCAGAGUUCAAGUACCCUUCAGGGAGGUUAGAGCUGCUGGAAGUCCAAAGAGUGGUGGAAGAGAUCAUUCAGCAUGGUGCUAACAACAUGUCUAAUGAUGGCGAGCUCUCCUUUGGGUUAUGGAGAAGGCCGAUCAAUUAAUGUAAGAUGCAGGCCUUGACCACUGUAUUUACUGUAAUUCAGGUCAACAUCCAAGAUUUUCCAAUCGAGGGAGAGGAUUGAUUGAUCGAUGAACAUAAUAUAUGCUAAGAUGUAAGAAUUCAAAGCACCAAAGAUGUCAAUUUUUGAUGUAAUAUUUCCGUUUAGUUUCAUCAGUUUUGGUUCUGACAUGAAUAAUCAAUUGAGUUGAUACAAGUCCUUAUCUUCUUCCUGCUAAGAGAAAGAU